GUGGCGGCAGUGAUCUUGUAGUGCAUUUGGAGUUUGAAGCAUGUCAGAUCAAGAAACUAUCGACUACGCCAACAAGCUGGUGCUUGCUCCCAUGGUGCGAGUAGGCACAUUGCCUAUGCGCUUGACCGCCCUCGAUUACGGCGCAGAUCUUGUUUGGACCGAGGAAUUAGUUGAUAAACGCAUUAUUGGCUCCGUGCGUAAAGUGAAUGUGGCGACUGGAGCUAUUGAGUACUGGAAGGGCCACGCCAUGUGUUUCAGUACGCAUGAAAAGGAAAAGGGAAAAGUGAUCUUGCAGCUGGGUACCGCUGAUCCUGACUUGGCGCUGCAGGCAGCGCUUACUUUAAAACAAGAUGUGGCAGCGGUCGAUCUCAACUGUGGUUGUCCCAAAAAGUUCUCUGUUCAGGGUGGUAUGGGCGCCGCCUUGUUGUCCAAUCCGGAAAAGUUGAAGCAGAUCCUCGUUAACCUUGUGCAGCAUUCUGGUCUGCCUGUCUCUUGCAAGAUCAGACUUUUGGAGAACAAGGAAGAUACGAUCAAACUGGUCAAAAUGAUUGAAUCAACUGGCGUCAAAUUGUUGACCGUCCAUUGUCGCACCAAGGAUCAACGUUCAUCGACCCCUGCCAAUUGGGAGGCCUUGAAGGAUAUCGUCGAGGCGGUGAAAACCAUACCCGUUGCCGUAAAUGGUGACAUUUAUAACUACAAUGACUUUUUGCGAGCAAAGGGGCUCACUGGUUGCAGUUCAGCUAUGAUGGCGCGUGGUGCCCAGUAUAAUCCAUCGGCAUUCCGCAAAGAAGGCCCCUUGUCCUACGACGAAGCGGUCCGAACCUACUUGAAACACUGUGUGGAAAUGGACAACAUGUACCAAAACACCAAAUAUGUCCUAUUGUCAAUGAACACCGAUCCAAAACACACGAAAUCCGAACGAUAUGCGCGAAUGCAAAAAGCCAAAUCGAAUCUUGCAUUAUGUGAGGUUUUUGGAUUGGAGUCCUACUAUCACGAAGUCAAAGCUACCCAAGCCGCCAGAUUGGAAGCUGCUAAAUCAGAGAAGGGCAGUGAGAACACUGAAACCGAGCAGCAAGACAAAGAAAAUGCAACGGAUCAGAGUCAAGAUGCAGAAGUAGGCCAAAAACGUUCAUUGGAAGCAAAUACACCCAAUGAAAAAGAAGAAGCCAAAAAGCUCAAGAUAGAUGAACCGGUGACUGAAGACUGCCAAUAAAAAAUAGAUGGUUGUCGUUACAGAGCUACUUUAUUUUUAUUCAUCAUAAAAAGGAUAAAAUACCCUCAAACGGGCCGUUGCUGAAUUGGGAUACCGAUGUAUAGAUUGAAC